ACGGCCCCCCCGACCAUGGAUCCGGGCAGCGGCGGCGGCGGGAGCAGCAGCGGCAGCAGCAGCAGCGACUCGGCGCCCGACUGCUGGGACCAGGCGGAUAUGGAAGCUCCGGGCCCCGGCGGCGCCCCCCCGGCCGCCACGGCAGUCGCGGCCGAGGCCCAGAACCUCAGCGCGGCCUUCAGCCGGCAGCUCAACGUCAACGCCAAGCCCUUCGUGCCCAACGUCCACGCCGCUGAGUUCGUGCCGUCCUUCUUGCGGGGUCCGGUCCAGCAGCCGCCGCCACCGCCGCCGCCCCCAGCCGGCGCCACCGCCGCCCAGGGAGACGGCACCGGAGCAGGAGGCCCCGCCGGCCCCAAGGCACCUAUGGAACCUUCUCAAGAAGAACAGUCAGUGUUGUAUAAAGGUUCAAAUUCAGCUGUUAGCAUGGAAGUUUCAGAACCUGUUGUAGAAAAUGGAGAGACAGAAAUGUCCCCAGAAGAAUCAUGGGAGCACAAAGAAGAACCUAGUGAAGCAGAACCUGGGGGUGGCUCUUUGGGAGACGGAGGGCCUCCAGAGGAAAGUGUCCCGGAAAUGAUGAUGGAGGAGGAAGAAGAAAUACCAAAACCUAAAUCUGUGGUAGCACCACCAGGUGCACCUAAAAAAGAACAUGUAAAUGUAGUAUUCAUUGGGCAUGUAGAUGCUGGUAAAUCAACUAUUGGAGGACAAAUAAUGUAUUUGACUGGGAUGGUUGACAAAAGAACACUUGAAAAAUAUGAACGAGAAGCUAAAGAAAAAAACAGAGAAACUUGGUACUUGUCAUGGGCCUUAGAUACAAAUCAAGAAGAACGAGACAAAGGUAAAACUGUAGAAGUGGGCCGUGCCUACUUUGAGACAGAAAAGAAGCACUUCACCAUCCUAGAUGCCCCUGGGCACAAGAGUUUUGUCCCAAACAUGAUUGGUGGUGCUUCUCAAGCUGAUCUGGCUGUGCUGGUAAUCUCUGCCCGGAAAGGAGAAUUUGAAACUGGAUUUGAAAAAGGAGGACAGACAAGAGAACAUGCCAUGUUGGCAAAAACAGCAGGUGUAAAACACUUAAUUGUGCUUAUUAAUAAGAUGGAUGACCCAACAGUAAAUUGGAGCAAUGAAAGAUAUGAAGAAUGUAAAGAAAAGUUGGUGCCAUUUUUGAAAAAAGUUGGCUUCAAUCCCAAAAAGGAUAUACACUUCAUGCCCUGCUCAGGAUUGACUGGUGCAAACCUUAAAGAGCAAUCAGAUUUCUGUCCUUGGUAUAUUGGGUUACCAUUUAUUCCAUAUCUGGAUAAUUUGCCAAACUUCAACAGAUCAGUUGAUGGACCAAUCAGGCUGCCAAUUGUGGAUAAAUACAAGGAUAUGGGUACUGUGGUCCUGGGAAAGCUGGAAUCGGGCUCUAUUUGUAAAGGACAGCAGCUUGUGAUGAUGCCAAACAAGCACAACGUGGAAGUUCUUGGAAUCCUUUCUGAUGAUGUAGAAACUGAUUCUGUAGCCCCAGGUGAAAACCUCAAGAUUAGAUUGAAGGGAAUUGAAGAAGAAGAAAUUCUUCCAGGAUUCAUACUUUGUGAUCCUAAUAAUCUUUGUCAUUCUGGACGCACGUUUGAUGCCCAGAUAGUGAUUAUUGAGCACAAAUCCAUCAUCUGCCCAGGUUAUAAUGCGGUGCUGCACAUUCAUACCUGUAUCGAAGAAGUCGAGAUAACAGCCUUAAUCUGCUUGGUAGACAAAAAAUCAGGAGAAAAAAGUAAGACACGACCACGUUUUGUCAAACAAGAUCAAGUAUGCAUUGCCCGUUUAAGGACAGCAGGAACCAUCUGCCUUGAGACCUUCAAAGAUUUCCCUCAGAUGGGUCGUUUUACCUUAAGAGAUGAGGGGAAGACCAUUGCAAUUGGAAAAGUUCUGAAACUGGUUCCAGAGAAGGACUAAGCAUUUUUCUCGAUGACCCUGCACAAUACUGUGAGGAAAAUUGACUCUGCAAAAGCCUACUUCACACCGCCUUCUCUUAUUUUCUGCCCAUUGAUAAACUUCUCCCCAUGUUUUGCAAAGACAAAUUUCACAGCAAAAGUCCACAUUAUGUCAGCUUUCUCAUAUUGAGAGCUCUGCUAUGCCACUGUUGAAUUUCCCCAGAGUUUUUUUUCUCCUCCCAAAUUCUGCUUCCUUGGACAGAUUUGGCAAUAGCUUUGUAAGUGAUGUGGACAUAAUUGCCUACAAUAAUGAAAACCUAAAGGAAUUUUUUAUUUUUAAUUUUCCCCUUAGGCAUAUUUAGACAUCUUUUUUCCAGGCAGAUCAUUCAGAGUGUGCGAGUGUGUGUGCACAUGUUACAGAGACAACUACCAUGUUAAUAAAAUAUUCAAUUUGAAAUCCUUUUUGGUAUUUGAAUUGCUUUUGAAUAAUGUUUUUUAUCUGGAUGUAACACUGUUGCAUUAGCUUUUUAACUUUCCAAGUAAUUGAAUACAUUUUAUUACUUGGACUUUUCUAAACUACCCCACCCACCCACCCACUGUUUUAAAUGAGGCAUUUACAAACAAUGUUCAAGGUUGUUAUUAAAGGAAAAAAAUUAGUUUUGUCCCUUUCGGUGGUUAGUGCAUUCAUAAAACUAAAAUACGUUUGUUCAAACAUGACACUGCUUUAUUAGCUUUAUGUCAGUUUUAUUUUCUGCCAAAAUUAAUAUUUAGGUUUGUUUACUUGAUUUCUUAAACACAUUGUUUUGAAAUGACAAACAGCAUUCUGUGGUUUUAUAAGUAAAACAUAAUGAAAUUCUUCCCCUCUGUAAAAAUCUAGUAACCAAUUAAAUCAGUGGAAUUCACAAAAAAGAAAACUUGCAAGAUCUGGCAUGAAGUGCCUCUAUUAAUAUUUAUAGAAGCUGCAUUGAGUUUGAAAACUGCAUCAGUGAAAAUUGCCAGUUCUUACAAGUUACUCAGUUCACUCUCUGUAUUGGUAACUUUGAAGGCUGGAUAAUCCUUGUUGUGUAAAGCUAAAUAUGAAUUAAGAAAAUCAACUACCAAAUAUUUAUGAUCAUAAGAAUUUGCACAUAAUGAUAUUUGGAGUGAGAUAAGUAGAAUCAAGCACAGUUUAAAUUUGUGAUCUAAGCAGUUUGAACAAGAAAGCUGAGUUUUCUUCAAUCUAAAACUGAAAUUAAUUUUUUUAUUGAGCCACCUAUCGGCAUUGUAGUUCUUCUUAGGUUGAAGGUUAACAAUCUGCCAUAACUAUGACUGAAAAACAAAUUUCAGGUGAAUGAAAAAUGGGAAAGAAAACUUUCAAAAUAUUACUAGAAGCCCCUAAUUUAAUUUUUAGUCUUGGCCAUCUAUUGAAGAGUUGACUUUUUUAGAUUGUUACUUUCCCCUAAUAUAAGAUACUAUGUAAUUGUGUAUUUAAAUAAUGGAGAAUCCCCUCCCUGUAACAUCCCUCAGAAAUGAAAAAGCAACAGUCAAUGACUAUUUCCAUUCAAAAAAUUUAAAACUUAAAACAUUUUAACCCUUUCUGUUUCUUUGUAACUGUGGAACCUCCCAUUCAUUUAACUUAUAAGGCUACAUUGUAUGGACAGAGCAAAAUUAUUGUCCUUCAGUUUCAUAUGAUAACACCUGUAGCUACCAUAAUGCAUGAAAUUUAAAUAAAUUUUAUUAUGUCUGCAAAUCUCUGGGCUUUUAUUUCUGGGAAAUCUGAGAGCUUUAAUUGAAUUUUAUAAACUCUUGUAUUGACAAAUGAACAAGAGCAAAACACUAGCUUUUUUUGGAUUUCAAAGAGUCUAAAAGUUAAAGAAUCAGUGAAAUUCUAUCCAAAGAUUAUUUUCCAUUUUUGAUUGAAUUUUUUAACCAGAUGUUUGCUGUCAGAGUGUUUACACUUUCAAUAAACUGCUUGUUGCCAAGACUGUUAAAAAGAAUGACAUUAACCAUGGAGGGAUAUGCUUAUAGUUAACAGCUAUAUUCAAAAUCAAAUUUUUAAAGUUUUUUUUAAGUAGAAUUUUCGUAUUUGAGUAACAUUAAAUUAAUUAUUCUACAGAAAUUUAAACUUGGAUAAUUGACUGGAAUGUGUUUCACAUGAAAACAUUCCAACUUAAGAGAUGGCAAAUUUUAAAGCCAGUCCCCUUUGAGUCUAGCUGAUAUUUUGCUCCGGGGACUAUAGAUUUUGAAGUGAUUUGGUAGCAUGUAGAAAUUUGGCAGAUUGCCUUUUAGCCUUCUUUAAAUGCUGAGCUGUCAUUCUCAAGUCUGCAAUCUGCUUACGUAUUAAUGGUCAAGUGGCAGAGCAGUAGGGCAGUUGCCUAUGUGUUUAGGAUAUAACCUAAACAUUUUUUUUGUCUUGAAUAUAGAAGUAUUAGAUAAAUGAUUUUCCUUGAAAGUUCCUCAGAGAUUGCAUCUUUUUAUGUUAAAUAAUAUGCUUCAUCAACUUUUCAUGCAAAAUCGUUUUGCAUAAUUUUUUAAUUGAUGCACUGAAUUUGGGUGAAGAAUGCAAAGGACAAGACUGCAUUUGUCUAGUUUUUGGAAUAUAGUGCAAUUGCUAGUUAUAAGUUCAUCUAUGUAAUGAGGUUUUCUAAAUAAUUGCCACCAUAAAUACUUAUUUAUUUCAGUGGAGAAACAAAAAAAAAGGCAUACUUACUGAUUUUAAUUUGAAAAAGGACUUAUCCAGCCAUAAGAAUGGAAAUGUUAUGUAAAUUGCAACUUGAAAGAGUUGGACUGAGUAUGUUGUCAUGAAAUAAGACAUUGUCAAAUGAUAGAUGGUAUAGUGAUUUCAAGCCCAUGUAUGUUUCCUUUAUCUUGAACUGAAAGUCUGGAUAAUGUAUAUGAUUAAACGCAAGAAUACCAUAAAUGUUCCUUAGAGAGCCCAGGUUGUUCACUGUAACAUGAAACUAAUUCAUUUUUGUCUACUGGUAAAUGCUGUAAUGCUAUGAGAACUGCUCGUAUGGGACAUUAAAGACCAUAUGAAGUGAGCUGUUACUGGCAAUAGCCCCUCAAGUGGAGUACUUCCAGAUAUUUGGGUCAUACUUGAAACCAAAUGAGGUUUGCUUCAAAAAAGUAUGGUAACUCUAACAUCCUGAAUGAACUUUUGAGGAAUUAGCUCUUCCACUGGUGAUCUACAGGAGCACUGGUUAUUUGGCUGGCAUCCUUCAUACAAGAUUUUUGAUGACUUCUCCACAAAAGAGCUCUCCAGCAGCUUUUCUCAGUGGCAAAGUCUUCCCAUUGAACACAGCUACUUGGAUGGUGACUCUACUGCUUUUGGUAGGGUCCUUAGGUGAUCAUGGUUUUAAAUGCAGUUGUCAGUCUCUUUAGUAUCUGGCAACUUUUAAAACUGAUUUUUUUAAUAGCUCUGGUUACAACACUAUAGUUCUGAUCACAUUGGCUAAUGUUACAUUCAGCAUGGGCAGACAAUACCAGUGCAAACUGUCAUUAAUCCUCUCACAGACAUAUGUAAGGUAGAUAGUGAUCAAUCAGGGGUGAUAUUUGGUAUUUUUUUUUCACUCUAGAAAUCUUGGCUUAGAUUUUCCUCUGCUAAUUUUUAAGUGAAACCUAGCAGUUUGAUAUCUGAUAAAUAGUGAUAAUGAUUUUCUUACAGAAGUCACACCAUGGUGGUAACACAUUAGUCUAUUCAGUUCUGAGCAAUUCAGAAAAUGUGAGAGUUGCAUUUUGUACUCCUUAUACAUUUCAAUGAAUAGUAACCAUUACCCAAAAUUAUUUUCUAACAGAUUUUCAGAGUAGUUUCAAUUUGAAUAUAUUUACUAUUAGCGUUCAAGUUGGCCAAAUAUUGAUGGAAUUUUGGUUCUAAGAUAUUGCAUUACUUUUCAAUAUCAUAGAACUCACUGAGUCUUCCUUAUAUUAAUAAACUUCACACACUUCUAAUCCUAUACUUCCUUGAAACAUCAGUAUGCUAAAGAGUUAUUGGUGCACUUAGGAAUUGAAAAAAAAAAGAGGAAUUAAAGCAGUUUUUAUGAUACCCUAUAAGGAUAAUAGAAGCAUUUGGUUUUUGUUUGUUUGUUUUGUUUUCUUUCAUUAAGCUGCAGAUGCCAGACUGAGAGACCUGUAUGAGUGCUACCUGUUUUUUUCUGAUCAUCUAGCACUGGUCACGUGUGCCUGCUAACAUUGAACUAUCAGGUUUGGAGAGAGCAGACAUGGAAUAGGAAUGUUUUCCCUCUGCCCAUAUUUAGCUUUAAUUUUCUAAACUAUUGUUAGCUUAGUCACUGGUAGAUGAAAAAGCUGUUUUGUUUCAAAUACUGCUGGCCAUAGGUUCUCACUACCUCCUUUUCUGCUACCCAUGAAAGGGAAUACAUUUGUAUUGGAGUUAUAACUUGUGAAUUCCUUGGGUAAUCAAAUUUCUCCCCUGUUAUAUAUAUGCACAUUAAGUAGGAAUUAUGAGAAUUUAGUUGUUAGACAAUUAUUUUUUCCUUACGUAUAUUGUAUUUGGUAAAAACAAGAUUGGCUGUGGGUCACAGACAGCCUUUAUUUUCAUGGAUGAAAACUGAAUACUUAACACAGUGUAUUAUCAGAUAUUCAUUGGUAAUGAAUUGCCAAAUGUCUACUCCCUCUUUGUUUCUAGUAGACUUGAGUUUCUUCUGUUAGUUCCUGUUUAAAAAAAAAAACCAUAAAACAAAAACAACAUAGAAAUAUUUCAAGAUUUUCUGUGACUUUGAGUUUAUUUUUCAGUGGGGAGGAUAAAGGGAUUGGUUACAGUAUUUUAAAAGCAAAGUCAAGGAAUCUCUCUUUAAGUGGGAAUUUUGGGGAUCUGCAGUUAAAAUUCUUUUUCCAUAUGAUUUAUAGCUACCUACUGUGCCUAACAUGAUGCCUGUGUGAGGAUUACGCUUAGUCUGCUCUUGCGGCUAUUCAUAUGACAAGUAAAAAAUUGCCUUUGUAAUAACAAUAAAAUAUUGUCAUCUUCCCUUUUGAA